AUGGGAAUCGCCUCCUCCUCCUCCUCCUCCUCCAACCCGGAAUCGAGAGCUGUGGCGCUCGCCAAGGCCAAGGAGAUCGUCGCCUCCGCUCCCGUCGUCGUCUUCAGCAAAACUUCCUGCCCUUUCUGCGUCCGUGUGAAGCAGUUGUUCGAGAAGCUGGGAGCUAGCUACAAGGCCAUUGAGUUGGAUGUGGAAAGUGACGGGCCUGAGCUCCAGAAUGCCCUCAAGGAGUGGACUGGACAGAGGACUGUCCCAAAUGUCUUCAUCAAUGGGAAGCAUAUUGGUGGCUGCGAUGAUACUAUGGCACUGAACUAUGAUGGGAAGCUGGUGCCUCUGCUGACUGAGGCUGGAGCCAUCGCUGGUUCUACCUCAAAGACAACCAUCACUGCUUGA